GCCCAGACACAUCCUGCUGGCUGUGUGGCACUGACGGAGGGGACAGCAGCGUUGGACGUCUUCCUGUAAUAACAGCACAAACAGGAGCAGGGGGUGAAUGGUACAUGGAAGUGUCAUGUGUGAAGAAUGUGCAGAAUGAGGGGACAGCUGAAGAGCUGAUGUCUGGAGAGCGUAUCCCCUGGUACACCGGGGAUGCAGAGCCGAGUAGAGGGCUAUGAAGAGCCGUGUGCCUCUUGGGAUCUGCCAGCUAAGUGUUGCAAUUGUUGGGCCCUAUCUGCUUUCCAAAUUCAUCUGAUGUGAAGCUGCUGGGAGCUGGGAUUCCUGGUGAACUUCAUGCCUUGGUAAAGCUGCCAAUACAAGGGACACCACCCUUUGAGUACUGCACUUGUUUGACUCACCACUGUUUCGCAGAGCCUGUCUGUCACUCAGCACUUGUUCUGCUGAGGGACUCCUUUUUUUCAUUACGACUCCCAUUGCCCACGGUGAGAGCUGGACCUACAUAUAUUUAGAGUCUGAAAUCCACAGUACUUACAGCAAAUUCAGUCAUGUAGGCUUAUCCUAACCCCAGUUUUUAUUUCUCCCCUUUCUGUGAUUGGAAUCUGGCCAGGAAGACAUCCCAGGGAUGGGAACUUCGGGUCCUUGUCAUCUGCCCUGGCUGUACGCAUGGGAGAGGGCUAAUUGGUGCCCAGAGUGUUGGUAGUUUCUGAGCUAAGGUCAUUGUCCCCUGGAGUCCCCAGUCAGAGAGCUGCCAUCUCAUUCCAUUCAAGUUCCCACUGCCCAGAGAUGGCUUGGAAUCCUUCUGUGCUUCAGUGAAACUUUUUACUCUGUGAAUGCUGCACUUAAUCCCAGUCCGCAGCACCAAGCACUUCCCAUAUAAUCUCCCAGAACAGCUGUGCUGUGAUUGCAUUGUGGAUUAUAAAAUGACCAUUUUCCACAAACCAGCUGCUGGCUGGAGGGAUAGCAUUUAAUAAUCAUGGGGAGGGAGUGGGCAAGGGAAGAGAGGAGGAGACGAAGGAGAAAGGAGGGUUGAAGCAGUUUGGUUUCUUGGGAAAUUUAGAGACAAGUAAAACCGAAGACAAAUUGUGAGUUCUAUUUCUGUAUUACUCCUCCAAAUUAACAGGACUUCACGGACUUGCUAGUAAGAUGGAGCUGCUGAAGAUGUUGCCGUGGCGCCGUGCUUUCCUGGCAGUCAUCCUGAACCUGCUGGCACUCAGCCUCUCCACCACCGCCUUGCUCAGCAGCUACUGGUGCACCGGGACACAGAAAGUGCCCAAGCCUUUGUGUGGGAAGAGCAAAGACUCCAAGUGCAUCGGGGUCCCCAUGACGCCUGAUGCAGCUGCUAGCAAUGCUUCAGCCCAGGAGGAGGUGCACUACAGCUGGGAGACCGGGGAUGACCGCUUUUCCUUCAGAUACUUCCACACGGGGAUGUGGCUUUCCUGUGAAGAGAGCAUGGAAGGGCCAGAGGAGAAAUGCCGUAGCUUUAUUGAGCUUUCUCCACCAGCAGAGAGAGGAAUCCUGUGGCUGUCACUGGGGUCAGAGAUGCUGUACAUCAGCCUCCUGCUCAUCAGCUUCAUCCUCCUGAUGGUGGAAAUGCUGCACACUGGGAAUCCUGUCUGUGGACUCAAGCUCAAUGCCUUUGCUGCUGUCUCCUCAGUGCUCUCAGGUCUCCUUGGGAUGGUGGCACACAUGAUGUACAGCCAAGUCUUCCAAGCCACAGUUAAUCUGGGACCAGAGGACUGGAGACCGCACACGUGGGACUAUGGCUGGGCUUUCUACAUGGCCUGGACCUCCUUCACCUGUUGCAUGGCUUCUGCUGUCACCACUCUCAACACCUACACCAAGACAGUGCUGGAGUUCAAACGCAACCACAUCAAGGGCUACGAUAUGAGCUUCAAGGAUCAGCCUCAGCACCACCAGUACUUCAUACAGCAGCACAUAAGCAGCUACUAUGAGUCCCGAGACAAGCCCCUCCAUUCAGUGUCUGAGGGAGUUGACUUCUACUCCGAGCUGCAGAAGAAAGUGCUGCAGCGGGAACCAGAGCUGGACCUGGAUGAGGUCUUGGGACAGACAAUCAGGGAAGACCAGUGUUAGGGAUGAAUGUACAGGGGCAGAACAGUGGGGUUCGGGAAGCGAAAAGCUCUGAACCAAACACUAAUGCCACUGUUAGCGAGUUCUUGGGGAGCUCUUCUUUCCUCUAAUGUUCAGGGGGUGAGAAGAAGAAAAGUCAGGCACUGGAACAGGGCAAAAGCAGUGCCAAGAGGAGGCAAGGCAGGUCCUCUCUGAUCACAGCCUGAAGGGUGUCCUCAGUUGGGAAGGAUGAAACUGGGGGUAAAUGGCGUCGGUGCCAUCUGUAUCCGAGCACUGUCAGACAGAUCUGAGGCAGGUGCCCUAAUCCCAGCAGCACUGAACUAAGGAAAAGAUAAACUCAGCCCAACCCAGCUGGCAAAUUGCAUUUCUGGGCCUCUUUGGGUGGAGUCACACUGCCAUUCCAGCAACCUCUUUGGUUCAGUGCUAAGGUAUAGGGCACAGAUGCUCAUACUGACUUGCUGUAGUCCUCCCUGAAUACCCUAUUUAUUCUUCAUUUCCAGGCCCUGUCUCCUGUUCCCACCCCCAGAUUAAAAGUGCUGCUGGAGUAGAAAUGGGAGGUUGCUUUCAAACAUCUCCUCCUCUCUCUCUUAUCUGUAAAGACUCCUAUAUGCAUCCUCCUUGCUUUGCCCCCCCUCCAGCUCCCAUUCUGAGAUCCUUUCUUGUCUGACUCUUUCUGUUGUGCUUCUCCACAUCCUUUAAGAAUCCUAGGCUGAACUUCUGCUUUUUUGUUUCUCUUAUCCCUUUUUCUCUUAGUGUAAAAAUACCACCAACAGUCCCCAAAUCAAGCAAACUCAUCAUCCCUCAAAGGUGAAAUGGUGGUUCACACGACACACACUGAUGCUGUACACAGUAUUUAUUUGCUCCAUUGCAGUUCACAGUUCAAAUACAUUUUCUCAA